AUGGUGCAGGCUCGCGCAGUGCUGGCAGAGAUGGCAGGCGGCGUAGCCGCCGCUCACCGCGUCAACAUGAGUCAUAACGACAUCAAGCUUGAGAACUACCUUGUGUCGCGCCACGGCCACCUGAAGCUCGCCGACUGGGGCAUUUCUGGUCCGAGCGAUUUCAAGGCCGCCGGCGGAACCGUCCCCUUCAUGGCGCCCGAGGUGCUGCGGGACUGCGGCCCGCCGUCGGCUGGCGCGCGCCUCAAGGAGGUGCUGGCAGACGUUGUGAUGGCCGCCAGUUGCGGCCUGCUAUCCUGCGGCAUGGACGACGAGGGGUGUGAGGAUGAGGACGGCGCCGGCGGCGCGCCAGUGGACAGCCGGCGCGGCGACAUCUGGGCACUGGGCGCCAGCUACAUAGUACUGACGACGCCAAUUGCAGAGCAGCGCGAGGCCCUGAAGUGCCUCUUGACAGCCCAGAAGUGCGGCGGCCUGCACCUGCCCACCAGCCUGCAGCAGCACCCCGAGUUUGUCAGCCUACUGCAGGGCAUGAUGGCAGUGGACGAGGAGCAGCGGAUGACAAUCGACGGCGUCAUGGCCCACCCCUUCUUCGCGGGCAUCGACUGGCAGGAGGUGGCGGUGAGCGGCGCGCGCGACAUGCCGCCCCUGGUGCCACCGCAUGCGAGCACUUCGACGGGCAGCGAGGAGCAGCAGGGGCAGCAGGCCCUGGAGGCGCCGGGACAGGCUCUGCGGAGCAGCAGAGUACGCGAGAAGCGGCGGGGUGUGGGGGUGUGGGCAAAGGCGUGCGACAAGGUGCGGGGACUGCUGAGCUGCAAGUGA